UUGAAUAAGGAUUAAGUGAUUUACUAGCUGUUUUUUGUUUCCCUAGUUUUUCGGGAAAAAAUGGAACGCAACUCAGCAAAGCAACUCAGUGAUCUGGAGCAAAUGCCCUCGGAAAAGAGCAACGAGAAAACCUUAAUUUCAAAUCUGGAGAAUAAUGCUGCCAUUCGGGGCUUCAUAAUUCGAGGGAACUGUGGAGAAGGAAACUGCAUGUUCCACGCACUAUCCAGACAGCUGAAAAUUAAAAAGGAUAUCCAAAUCUCUCAUGGUGAUUUGAGGGGAAAAAUUGUCGAGUACCUUGAAAACCAUCGUGAACUGCCCAAAGUUGGUGAUCUUUUUUCAUUCACUUAUGGCUAUGAAUCAUGGCUCAAAUUUUUAAAAGACAUGGCAAAAGACGGCACUUGGGGAAACCAUGUGGUACUCGUGGCCGCUGCAAACAAAUAUGAAAUUCCAAUUCGUGUGGUCAGCAGUGCGACAGAUCGUCAAGAUAUUAUAGUCGAACCCAGUUCCCCAUUUAACCAAGACAUUGAGCCGCUGGUGCUGGGACAUGUUUUUGAGUAUCACUAUGUCAGCCUUGAACAAGAAUUCACGUCAGGAGGAAACUGCCAAACGUCAAGUGACAACCGACUGCUUUCAAAACAUUUGGAGUAUGGACAGCCUCCGUUCAGUGCAACAUACCAACAACAUCAGCAGCGCUAUCCGCAAGGGCCGGCCUUAAAUCAACCAGAGGACACUUGUGGAUCACUAGGAUCCUUUCAAUCACAGAGUUACUAUCCAUCAAACAGAUCCUUUAUUUCAUCAGUAUUGCAGGGCCAGGUGCUCUGUCAGAAAUCGCAGUCAAAAGGAGAGCUCCUCUCUGAGAAGGAAAGAAUUGAGAUAAAAGUGACGGAGCUGCCGGUUGAAGUGUACCGCAAGAUUUGUAUGAAGCUGAGCGUCAAACGGAAUAUAACGUUUGACGAUUUUCGUAUGGUGGCUGAAAUGCUUGGCUUGGAUAGGGACACUAUGGAAUUCAUAGGUCAACAAAGUAACCCAGCUGAAGUUAUGUUCUCCCAAUUCGGACGAAAUUUGAUGGUAUUUCAACUGAUCAAAAUUCUUCAGGACAUCGAGCGAUUUGAUGUUGCUGCUGUUUUGGAUGAGUGGGUCAAAAAAGGAAAGGUCAAGUAGUCCUAAGGCCUGAUUAACAUCAGAAUUUUUAUCCUGUAGAUUAUAAGAGUUUUUUUUUUUCGCUACAAAGAUGUAACAGAAAGACGUUAACCAAACAAGAUCUAAACCGAUCCCUUAGAGGUCUUUGUGGAGAGUGAACUGAGCGAAAACGAAAUGUAUCAAAAGUGAAAUAAUACCCAAUGGUAAAUCUGUCGAUGAAAGUGACGUCAAAUACUCAUGAACGCGUUUUGAAGAUUAUCUCUCGGACUGAAAAUCAGAAGAAGCACUGAAGAAACUCAAAGCACCUCUGGUGUCAGGUCUGCAUGGUUAUCGAACCCUGGCCACACCACAACCCUGGCCACACCACACUGUUGUGCCUCCAAAAACGAACUCCAAGGGAGGGAUUAAGGAAGACAAGAGGCUAUAUUUUUUUCGUUGUCUCCUUUCUUUUCCUCUUUAUCUUUGAACCACAGGCAACGAGCCGUACGUAGGAAAUGGGCCUUACAAUGCAAAUAGUGUUGUCUGAAGGACUCUUUGGACGUAGUACGGUUUCCUGAAUGGUGUAUUUACAUUCGUGCUUGACUAGGAUUUUUCUUAAUUAGUAUUGCUUGGCAGAAUCACAAGUGAGGUUGUUCAUUUUAUAAAAUGAAUCGUAUGGUCAUUGGACGUUGUACGCUUUGAUGUGUUAAGUAUUCUCCAGGCGCGUAGCGUCCUCUACGCAUAUACGCACGUGCGUACUUGAAGUGACCAGAAAAAUUUGAAAACAAUGUUGUGUUUGCGCCAAGUUUGCUCAAAUUAAGGGCAAGACGCUUUGUUCUUUGCUUGUAUUCACACAACUGUUUCAAACAAGAAGUAAAGAACGCAGUAUAUUCGCUCAGUUUACUUAGGUUUCUAGAUCAUAUGUACUUGUGCGUACUUGAAAAAAUGACCACGCUACGCGCCUGUUUUCCUGAUACCAAACAGUUCAGGCGGGGUUCUUAACGAUUUGUAUAUCUUGGAAAAGAGGUACCAGAAAUAUUUCAAGUUUGUCAUAUCCAACCCGUGUCAAUUUUGUCAUCCUUGUUCUUGAUUGUUCUUUUUCAGUUUUUGCUUACCUCUUUAGUGUUUGUCUACGGUAGUUAAAGGUUAUCAUAAGGUUUCGUCCAAUUUUAAGGAAAUGUUUUUAUUAUCGAAUUUAAAACUGAGUCAAAAUAAUUGCGUGGUAGACGGCUUGACAGACUACUUUCGGGUUUUUGGUUUUUCACGCAGGCUAAUAUAGAUGUAGCUCCUCUUUUAAAGGGAUCUACCAAGGUUUUUGCAUUAACUACGUACUUGCUGAGUGUUUUUCUGUUGUUGUUGUUGUUGUUGUUGUUGUUAUUUUAUUUAAACGUUAAGUGGCGCACUGGAGGACUGAUCAUUGCUAAAUUAAGUCAAUAUGUGAAAUGGUCAUGUGUCUACGUAGAGGUCGUGAAAAUCCCUUUUCCGCCCCCUCCCUCCCCUCUCCAUCUUUCAUCCCUUCCCUCCCCCCCUCCCCAUCCUCCCCUCCCUUAUUGAAUCGUGUUACAGCCGAUCAGCAGCCCGCAUGGGAAGAUUGUCGUGGACGGUUAAGAAUUGUGAAUUAGCAAACACAUUCAAGUGAAGAGGGCGAAAGAGUAGUUGUAGACUUAAAACGUAAAAAGAUAACUUAGCCAAGCUAAGUAUUAGGUGUUAGAGAGACAAAAAUGUCUAGAUGAAGUGUAGAAUACUAAACUGGUAAUUAGGGACGGAAUGAUUUUGUGAUUAAAUUAUCAAUUCAUUGUUAAACAGCUUGGUUCAUCA